AAACCACUCAACAACAAUAACCAAAUCAAUUAACCAUUCACAAAAAAUGAAGACACUCCUUUUCAUUUUUGCAACACUCUUAGCAACAUGUCAUGGUGAUGUUCUAAACCAUGUCCAUGAACAUGGUUCAACCUUCAAAAUUUUCCCACUUAGAAUGAAAACUGGUUCAGGUGGACACUACAUUCCAGAAGUUUCAUGUGCUAGUUGGAGACUUGGUGUUGAAGCACACAACAUCAUUGAUUGGAAAACUGUUCCUAUUGAGUGUGAAAAUUAUGUUGGGAACUAUGUUUUGGGUGACCAAUAUAGAGCUGACUCUAAAUUUGUUAACCGUGAAGGUUAUUUUUAUGCUAAGACUGUUAAUGUAGCUGGAGAUGGUAAAGAUAUUUGGGUGUUUGACAUUGAUGAAACUACUCUAUCUAAUCUUCCUUAUUAUGCUAAACAUGGAUUUGGGGUGAAUCCAUUCGACGAGACAUUGUUCAAUGAAUGGGUUGAUCUUGGAGCAGCACCAGCACUACCAGAGACUCAAAAAUUGUACAACAAAUUAUUGAAUCUUGGUAUCAAGAUUGCUUUCUUAACAGGAAGACCACUUAAACAAAGAGACAUUACUGCUAAGAACUUGAAAAAAGCUGGCUAUCACACAUGGGAAAAGCUCAUUUUAAAGGAUACAACAAUAUAUCAUGGUAAAACAGCAGUUACAUAUAAAUCAACUGAAAGAAAGAAGCUAGAGGAAGAAGGAUACAAAAUCAUUGGAAACAUUGGAGAUCAAUGGAGUGAUAUUCUUGGAACAAACAUUGGCAAUAGGACUUUCAAGCUUCCUGAUCCUAUCUACUACAUUGCCUAAUUAACCUUUUCUAGCUAUAUCAAGUUCCUAUAUCAUGUAUUCCAAUUCAAGCUACCUAAUUUUUAUUUUCUCAAAUAAAAUUAAUUAACCAUGUAACAUAAGAGAUAGGUUUCUCUUAAUUUUGUGGUUUUAAUUAUAAAUUGCAUGUGUGUCCUUAUUCUUUUUAGAAAAUGGAAUGUAUGUUAUGAUUUUAUUUUUUUUA